AUGGGCCUAUCUCCGAUUCGUGUUCGCAGGUGGUUCCAGCAGCAUCAUCGGAUGACAUUCCACGCUUACCUGCGGACGCGCCGGAUUGGCUUGGCCGUCGAUAUGCUGCAAACGGGAUUGGAUGUCACGUCCACGGCACUCGAUAGCGGAUUCGAGUCGUUAAGUGGCUUCCGCGAUAGCCUGCGGAAAUGGACCGGGCAAACGCCGACCGAUGCCAAGUCAGGCGAACCGAUUCUUGUCGAUCGUAUUCUUACUCCGCUCGGUCCCAUGCUUGCCGCAGGGAACGACGCUGGACUUUGCCUGCUAGAAUUUGCCGACCGCAAGAUGCUGCCGAAACAGUUUCAGCGGAUUAGCAAGCUUUAUCGCCAACCCAUCUUGCCGGGCAGCCAUGCGGUGCUCGCACAAACGGCCAAUCAAGUGGCUGAGUACUUUGAUGGAACGCGAACAUCCUUUGACUUGCCACUGCGAAUGGACGGUACUCCUUUUCAGGAAUCGGUCUGGCAGCAGCUGCGGAAGAUCCCGUUUGCGGUAACGUGUUCGUACAGUAAACUUGCCGAAAUGCUGGGGCGACCGACCGCUUCGCGUGCCGUGGGACGUACCAACGGUGAUAACCGAUUCGCGAUCGUUAUUCCAUGUCAUCGUGUCGUCCGAAGCGAUGGUCACCUGUGCGGGUAUGCCGGCGGACUUUGGCGAAAGAAGUGGCUCCUGGAGCACGAACGAAUCGAGAUCGAGUUCCGGAAUGGUCUUCCAUUGAUCAUCGUGACUCGAAACGAGUUUACGUUUGCGUUCUUCGCUUCCAAUAAAGGAAUGAAUGAAACGCCUAAAUCGAAGUCUGGUCCCUCGGUGCCUGCCAUGCGUGGUCUUGUCGGAGAUGGUACGCAUCUCGGGCUGAUGGAUUACCUGCGUAAGAUCCUCAAUGCCCAAGUCUACGAUGUCGCUCACGAGUCGGCAUUGGAACGUGCCGAGAAGCUUUCCAAGCGACUGCAGAACAACGUUUGGCUGAAGCGAGAAGAUAGUCAGAAGGUGUUCAGCUUCAAGCUUCGCGGGGCAUUCAACAAGAUGGCCCAGCUUUCGCCAGAGCAACUUCAGCGAGGCGUUAUUUGUGCUUCGGCCGGCAAUCAUGCACAGGGGGUCGCCCUGUCGGCAAGUCAUCUCGGCUGCACCGCCACGAUCGUCAUGCCGAAGACGACGCCAAAGCUGAAGAUCGAAGCGGUCAAAGCACUCGGUGGGAAUGUGGUGCUGCAUGGCGAAAGCUUCACCGACGCUUACCAACACGCGAACGAACUGAGCAGCACCAACGAAAUGACGUUCGUCCAUCCGUUCGACGACCCCGACGUGAUUGCCGGGCAAGGCACGAUCGCGAUGGAGAUCUUGCGGCAACACCAAAAACCGAUUCACGCUAUCUUCGUAGCCAUCGGCGGCGGCGGGAUGAUCUCGGGGGUGGCCGCCUACAUCAAAGCAGUCCGCCCAGACAUCAAAGUGAUCGGCGUUCAGACGAACGACUCCGACGCCAUG